AUGAACAAACCUGAGGCAGCCGGAAGAAUGAUCCAGUGGACAAUUGAACUCAGUCAAUUCGACAUUGAGUACCAUCCCAGAAUAGCCAUCAAGGCGCAAGCUUUGGCAGACUUCAUCACAGAGUUCACCUUUCCGGAUGAGGACAGUCUCACCGACGAAGUGGAUGCAGUGGAGCUCGUAAAGAAGUGUGACAAGUGCCAACGAUAUGGGAAUGUCCAGCGACUUCUGGCAGAGAGACUGACGACGAUAGCCUCCUCGUGGCCAUUUGCACAAUGGGGAAUUGAUAUCGUCGAUCCACUACCCCAAGGUAAAGGUCAGGCGAAUGGACAGACGGAAGUAACGAAUCAAACACUGCUCAAAAUUAUCAAAGCCAAGUUGGAUGACACAAAAGGCGCCUGGCCAGAAGAGUUGCCCAAUGUCCUAUGGGCUUACAGGACUAUAGCAAGAACGCCGACUGGAGAAACCCCCUUCAGGCUCACCAAUGGCACUGAGGCAGUGAUCCCGAUCGAAGUAGGAGUAACUAGCAUCAGGCGAGAGGUAUUCAACGAAGAAGGUAAUGACGAUCAACUGCGACUCAACCUGGAUUGUCUGGACGAAAUAAGAGACAAGGCUUCUAGCAGAAUGACGAGGUACCAACAGAAGAUGGCCGAAUACUACAAUAGGAGGGUGAAACUCAGACGACUUGAUAUAGGUGACCUCGUCCUGCACAAGGUUACCACAGCAACAAAAGAUCCUGCCCAAGGAAAGCUUGGCCCCAAUUAG